AUGAACCCGCAGCAGCCAAAUCAAGGCCCUGGUGGCCCAUACCCAGGUCAGCCUGUACCUCCACGUCCCGGACCUCCUCCUGGCGCUCCGCAGCAGGGACGCUUUCCUCCUCAACCGCAGCAGCAGCCACCGUCUCUACAACAGCGUCCACCUCAACAGCAGGCAUUGCAACAAAAUGCUCGACCAGCGCUUAACCCAGCCAUGCCAGCUCGUCCACAACAGCCAGGCAUGCCCCAUGCUAGGCCAUCACAACCUCCUUCCACUAGCAUUGCCGGCGUCCGGCCACCUUCCGGUCGCCCUUUUCCGCAGCAACCAGGCUUGCAGGCGCCCGGAUUUUCUUCAGGAGCGCCGCAGCAACAUGCACCUCAAAUGCAAGGCAGACUCAGUCCGCGUCCCAUUGCACAGCCUGGAACCAUGGCUGGAGUAGAAUCUCAGAUGGCUGGUGUGCAGCUCCAGGAUCGUCAACCUAGCCCCGCGCCCGCCGCUUUGUCGUCCGAUGCUGGUCCCACCAAAACAAAACGCAGUGCGCGUGCCUACCACACCGACGCUCAACCCGUCGCUGCUCCUGGCUGGAAUGACGCACCCCACCAGCCCAAUCCAUCACCUGCUCCGUGGCAGCAAGCUGCAGCCGCAAGGGUAGCCCAGCAAGACCACCAAUUCAACCAGCCCAACAACGACAACGCUGCUCUCGACCAAAUGCCCGGUCAACGAAACGUCGUCUCUCCCGCCCAAGCUGCCCACAACCGUGCCAUGAUGGCUCAAAAUGCAGCGCGGCCCAACAUGCCCGCUAACCCGCAAAGCAACAUUCCCGGCAUGCAAGCAGCGUUGGACGGUAGCGGUUCCAUCGCCCAACCACCUCAUCAGGCCGGACAGCGAUUCGCAGGACCUCGCAGCAAAAUUGACCCGGACCAGAUCCCCAGUCCCGUCGAAAUGCAGGACGCUGACCAGGAAUUCUUCGACAAGGAGUGGUUUGCUACGUGCGGACGAGGGGGCAUGCCGCUCAGCACUACCAGCUUUGCCGCCGUCGACCAAGGCAAUUGCUCUCCUAAGCAUCUGCGCCUCACCACCUAUAGCAUACCCGCCACUGAUGAGCUCGCCACCACGUCACAGUUACCACUGGCGGUGCUGAUGCAACCCUUUGCGCAGCUUCGCUCAGACGAAACCCCCAUACCUGUCGCCACCUUUGGCGAGAGUGGGCCCCCACGUUGCAAGCGCUGCCGAGCCUACAUUAACGCCUGGUGCGUCUUUGUCGAGGGCGGUCAGAAAUGGACCUGCAAUCUUUGCGGCACUGCCACCGAGGUCGCAGCCGACUACUUCUGCAACCUUGACAUGAGCGGCCGACGCGUCGAUUUCGACCACCGUCCGGAACUCUCGCAUGGCUCGAUCGACUUUGCUGUUCCAAAGGAAUACUGGGCCAUCCAGUCGACACCGCCUGCCUCGGUGUUGCUCCCCGUUGCACCUGCCAGUACCCGCACCGAGACUGCCAAGCUGGAUCCAAAGCAAGAAUCAAAGGAUUAUGAGGGCACAACGCUCGGCCUUAGCGGUCAAGGUGCACAGGCCGCCAGAAGCGCUACCAAAGCCGCCAGCGAAGCGCUCAACGGCCUGCAGCUCGGCAAGGGCCGCACCACUGUUCGUGCCCCACGCCCUCUCACCUACUUUUUCGCCAUCGAUGUCAGCUACAGCGCCGUGCGAUCCGGUGCCCUUGCCAGCUCUGUCGAAGCCAUUCGGGAGACGCUUUACGGUCCAAAGGCCAGCUCUGCGGAUGCAGGAAGCAACGGAGCACCCGACGCCAAUCCCGCUACUGGCCCUGGCUUUGGUUUGGUGGAAGGUGCACGCGUGGCCAUCCUCACCUUUGACCGUGCACUCCACUUUUAUAACCUCUCGGCCGAGCUCGACCAGGCUCAGAUGCUCGUGGUCGGUGAUAUUGACGAGCCCUUUGUUCCUAUCAGCGAUGGCCUGUUGGCUGAUGUCUGGGAGUCGCGCCAUCUCAUCGAGGGCUUACUCGAGAAUCUGCCCAGCAUGUUUGGAGAGAACAUGGUUGGCGACGCUGCGCUCGGUGCGGCGGUGCGUGGCGCCCAAGCAGCGCUCUCUACCAUUGGCGGCCAGGUCAACAUCUUCCUCUCCACAAUUCCUACGGUGGGACCUGGUGCGCUUAAGCAUCGUGAAGACACCAAGCUGUAUGGCACUGACAAGGAGAAGAACCUGUUCAUCCCUCAGGACGGCUUCUAUCGAGGAGUCGCCGAAGAGUGCGUCGACGCAGGUAUCGGUAUCAACGUCUUCUUUUUCCCUUCGCAGUACAUUGAUGUGGCGACCAUCGGCGUUCUCCCGGGAUCCACCGGUGGCGAGGUGUUUUUCCAUCCCCGCUUCGACCCUGUCCGCGACGGCAUCAAGCUGCAAAUCGAGGUCCGACGCACCGUGCUGCGCGAGACGGCAUAUAAUGUCACGAUGCGCCUCCGAUGCUCCAAUGGUUUGCGUGUCGCCGACCACUUUGGCAACUUUUUCCAGCACAACGCCACCGAUCUCGAACUUGGCACUAUGGAUGCCGACAAAUGCGUCGCCGCGCUCGUCAAACACGACAGCAAGCUCGACGAGAAGCACGAAGCUCACUUCCAGUGCGCGGUCCUCUACACUACCGCCGAAGGUGAACGACGUGUUCGAUGCCACAACAUUGCCGUACCCGUCACGUCGCUUCUUGGCAACGUCUUCCGCUAUGCUGAUAUGGACAGUACCGUCGCCUACUACAGCAAGGAAGUCGUCUCGUUGGCGCAUGUCAAGCCGCUCAAAGACGUGCGCCAUUAUCUCACUGAUAAAUGUGUGAAGAUUUUGCUUGCCUAUCGUCGAAAUUGCGCAUCCUCCACCAGCCCAGGUCAGCUCAUCUUGCCAGAAAGCUUCAAGCUGUUCCCCUUAUACGCUCUUGCGAUCAACAAGACGAAGUGCGUCAAGGGUGGCAACGUGACAUCGGACGUGCGCGCUUUCUACAUGCGCUUCUUUCGCGCGCAGGGUGUAUCGGCGAUCAUGUCGAUGCUCUACCCACGCAUGAUCGCGCUGCAUACCAUGUCGGAUGCUGAUGGAUCGCCGAUUCAGAUUCAACAGCCCGAUGGUACUACAGUCGACGGCAUGCGCAUCAAGACACCAGCAUUGAUGCGGCCUUCUUAUCUGCGUAUGGAGGGUCACGGAGCCUAUUUGCUUGAAAAUGGCGAAAUGUGCAUCCUCUGGCUGGGAGCCAACGUCAACCCACGCCUACUGGAAGAUCUGUACGGCGUCAAUUCUCUGGAAGAGAUUGAUGCACGCAUGACCCGCUUGCCAAAGUUGCCAACGAAGUUGUCUCAACAGGUGCGGGCCAUUGUGCAAUCGUUUGCGUUGCAGAGGAACAAGCCUGAGUUGCCGGUGCUCAUCGCAAGACAAAACAGGGACGGAACCGAGGUGGAGUUGGCGAACAGCUUGGUGGAAGAUCAGAACAAUGACGCGAUGAGCUACGUCGAUUAUUUGUGUCAUGUGCACAGGAUUAUCAGCUCGGACAUGACAAGUGGAAAGGAGGAGUCGAGUUCUUGGUUCUCAACGUGA